AUGUUACCUCCUAAGUUCACUGCUUUGGCACUGGCGAUUCUGCAGGACUGGUGUGGGUGGAUGGGUGUCAAUGCCCAGCGCUCACUGCUUAUCCUGGGCAUCCCUGAUGACUGUGACGAAGAAGAAUUUCAGGAGGCAGUGGAGGCUGCCCUCAGGCCCCUGGGCAGGUACCGAGUGCUUGGCAAGGUGUUCAGAAAGGAGAUUGGGGCAAAGGUCGCUUUGGUUGAAUUUGCUGACAAUUUAAACCAAAGUUUGAUCCCCCAACAGAUACCAAAUAAUAGGGAUUCCUGGAGUGUGAUCUUUCUGCCUCCAGUCCCUGAAGUCGAGUCACAGGAUACAUUUAGUUUCCCUGCACAGGCUCAUGGGCAAGCUUUGGAAGGGGCUUCAGGUGGGGCAGGGUCUUCAGGAGCUGCAGGUGAGGUGGGAGCUUCAGGAGAGGGAAGAGUUUUAGAGGCAGGGGCAGGUGAAGAAGGGUCUGCAGGGGAUGAGGAGUCUGGGAGCGAUGAGGGGUCUGCGGGGGAUGAAGGAUCUGUGGAUGGUGGAGGAGCUGUGGGUGAAGCAGGAGCUAUAGGUGAGGAUGAUGCAGGAGCUGCAGGUGAGGCAAGAAUGUCAGAUGAGGAGGGAGCUGCAGGAGACAUGGGAGUUGCAGGGAUCAUAGGAGCUGUAGGAUUGGCAGGUGCUGCAGGUGAAGCAGGAGGUUCAGGUGAGGAAGGGGCCUUUGAUGUGGCAGGAGGGGCACAUGGGUCUGGAGCCUGGACCCAGCAGUGGAGCCAAGCCCUGCAGCCCAUCCUGGAAAACAUGGCCUACCAGGAGUUGAGACACUUCUCUGGGAUGGAAGAGCCUGGCUGUGGGGGUCAGUCUUUCGAGAGCUGGCUGGAUCAUGCCAAUGACAUGCUAUACCUGUGGCGCCACAUAUCCGAGAGGGAGAGGAGGAGGCGGCUGGUGGAGAGCUUGGGGGGCCCUGCCCUGGAUCUCCUGUGUGAGCUUCUGGAAGAGCAUCCAGACACCCCUGCUCAGGACUGCCUGGCUGCACUGGUGCAGGUUUUUGGCAACAAGGAUACGGUGAUGACCGCGCGGCUCAAGUUCCUGACUUGCUCCCAGCGGCCUCAGGAGACCCUGUUUGCCUAUGUGAUGCGCCUGGAAGGUCUGCUGCAGAUGGCCAUGGAGAAGGGGGCAAUCCAGCCAUCAAUGGUGGAUCAGGCGAGGGCCCGGCAGGUGCUGAUGCGGGCCCGGCCCAACCAGAUGCUGCAAAACAACCUGAGGAGGAUGCGGCUGGAGAGGAGGCCACCUGGCUUUGCGGGGCUGCUCAGGCUCGUUCGGGAGACUGAGGCAUGGGAGGCAGCUAUGGCUGAAAAUGCGGAGGUCCAGGAGGGGGAAGGGGUGGAAGUGCAUGGUGGGGAGCUGGAUGUGGUCCAGGCUGCCCUUGUCAGUGUUGGGGUUGCUGAGCCUGCCUCUGCUGUUAGAGAGGCCUUCCCAGCCAGUGAAGAUGCCAGCCAGGCUGCUGCUGCUGUUCAGCAAGCUGCUGGGGCUGCUCCUGAUGGUGAUGGUGCCACAAAGGCAGAGCCUGAUUCUGGUGAGGCCAAGGCCUUCCCUGUCACCCACAGAGAUGAAAAUGUGCCAGAUCCUGCUGGCUCAGGCCAGACAGUGCCCACUGAGCUCCUAAGUGUGUUUGAGAGUGUGCCUCAUGCAGGAGAGCAAGAAGCAGAGCAGCCGGUAAUAGAGGGGCUGAAGGAAGAGUCAGAAAAUGAGGAUGGGGCAUGGGAGUCUAGUCACCCAAAGUCCUUCCUUGGCAAAUAG